CAGGUCGCCCGGAUCAAUUUUCCCAAUGGGUGACUGGGAAAAUUAGGGGGUAGAAAAUCUUGAGGGUCGGAGGCAUUUUUUUCUUGGCUCCGCCCUCUUCCUGUUAGAGACCUGGGCGUCUGGCCCGCAGAGGGGGAAGGGCAGCGUGGCGGGGCUGCCGAAGAGUGCUUUGCGCACGCGCCAGUCCGAGUGUGUGAGUGUUUGUGUUCACGCGCAGGCGCGCGCGCUCCUGCAUUUAGGAAGCCUGGGAAGGACCGGUGUGUUAGGAGAUGAGCGGGGAAAGCAUAGUCCCCUGUCUUUGGUACCAGACACUCCUGACUGUGCGCUGACCCUCCCCACCCAGCCAGCAGCCUUUUCCAGAGAGGCUGUGGUGCAUAGCCUCUGUUCGUUUUCACUGCAGGACCAGGCACGAAAGUUAAAACAAAAUGAAGAUUUUUUCUGAAUCUCAUAAAACAGUAUUUGUUGUGGAUCACUGCCCUUACAUGGCAGAAUCAUGCAGACAGCAUGUCGAGUUUGAUAUGCUGGUGAAGAAUAGGACCCAAGGAAUCAUCCCUUUGGCCCCUAUAUCUAAAUCAUUGUGGACUUGCUCAGUAGAAUCUUCCAUGGAAUAUUGUAGAAUAAUGUAUGAUAUAUUUCCUUUCAAAAAGCUGGUGAAUUUCAUUGUGAGUGACUCUGGAGCACAUGUUUUAAAUUCUUGGACUCAAGAAGACCAAAAUUUGCAGGAGCUGAUGGCAGCAUUAGCUGCUGUUGGGCCUCCUAAUCCACGGGCAGAUCCAGAAUGCUGCAGUAUUCUGCAUGGUCUUGUUGCAGCAGUGGAAACCCUCUGUAAAAUUACCGAAUACCAACAUGAGGCUCGUACUCUACUAAUGGAGAAUGCAGAACGUGUUGGAAAUAGAGGACGAAUAAUUUGCAUUACUAAUGCAAAAAGUGAUAGUCAUGUGCGAAUGCUUGAGGACUGUGUCCAGGAAACAAUUCAUGAACAUAACAAGCUUGCUGCAAAUUCAGAUCAUCUCAUGCAGAUUCAGAAGUGUGAGCUAGUCUUGAUCCACACCUACCCAGUUGGUGAAGACAGCCUUGUAUCUGAUCGUCCUAAAAAAGAGUUGUCCCCCGUUUUAACCAGCGAAGUUCAUAGUGUUCGUGCAGGACGGCAUCUUGCUACCAAAUUAAAUAUUUUAGUACAGCAGCAUUUCGACUUGGCUUCAACUACUAUUACAAAUAUUCCAAUGAAGGAAGAACAACAUGCUAACACAUCUGCCAAUUACGACGUGGAGCUACUUCAUCACAAAGAUGCACAUGUAGAUUUUCUGAAAAGUGGUGAUAACCACUUAAGUGGAAGCAGUAGAGAAGGCUCAUUUAAAGAAACAAUAACGUUAAAGUGGUGCACACCAAGGACAAAUAACAUUGAAUUACACUAUUGCACUGGCGCUUAUCGAAUUUCACCCGUAGAUGUAAAUAGUAGACCUUCCUCCUGCCUUACUAAUUUUCUUCUAAAUGGUCGUUCUGUUUUAUUGGAACAACCACGAAAGUCAGGUUCCAAAGUCAUUAGUCAUAUGCUUAGUAGCCAUGGAGGAGAGAUUUUUUUGCACGUCCUUAGCAGUUCUCGAUCCAUUCUAGAAGAUCCGCCUUCAAUUAGUGAAGGAUGUGGAGGAAGAGUUACAGACUACCGGAUUACAGAUUUUGGUGAAUUUAUGAGGGAAAACAGAUUAACUCCUUUUCUAGACCCCAGAUAUAAAAUCGAUGGAAGUCUUGAGAUCCCUUUGGAACGAGCAAAAGAUCAGUUAGAAAAACACACCCGUUACUGGCCUAUGAUUAUUUCACAGACCACCAUCUUUAAUAUGCAAGCGGUAGUUCCAUUAGCCAGUGUUAUUGUGAAAGAAUCUUUGACAGAAGAAGAUGUGUUAAACUGUCAAAAAACAAUAUACAACUUAGUUGAUAUGGAAAGAAAAAAUGAUCCUCUACCUAUUUCCACAGUUGGUACAAGAGGAAAAGGCCCUAAACGAGAUGAACAGUACCGUAUCAUGUGGAAUGAAUUAGAAACGCUUGUCAGAGCCCAUAUCAACAAUUCGGAGAAACAUCAAAGAGUCUUGGAAUGUCUAAUGGCAUGUAGGAGCAAACCCCCAGAAGAAGAAGAACGAAAGAAACGAGGAAGAAAAAGGGAGGACAAAGAGGACAAGUCAGAGAAAGCAGUGAAAGAUUAUGAACAGGAGAAAUCUUGGCAAGAUUCAGAGAGAUUAAAAGGAAUCUUAGAGCGUGGAAAAGAAGAGUUGGCUGAAACUGAGAUUAUCAAAGAUUCACCUGAUUCCCCAGAACCUCCAAAUAAAAAACCUCUUGUUGAGAUGGAUGAAACUCCACCAGUAGAAAAAUCAAAAGGGCCAGUGUCCUUAUUAUCCUUAUGGAGUAAUAGAAUCAAUACUGCCAAUUCCAGAAAACAUCAGGAGUUUGCUGGACGUUUGAACUCUGUUAAUAACAGAGCUGAGUUAUAUCAACAUCUUAAAGAGGAAAAUGGAAUGGAGACAACAGAAAAUGGAAAAGCCAGCCGGCAGUGAAGAGUGACUUGAGCAACUGAAUUUAGUAUAUUGCAUAAAUAUUUUGGAUGGAAUUUGAUAUAAGAACUUUUACAGCAAGAUUGUAUAGUUAUGUUGCCUGGACUGGUUUUUACAUUUUUAAAAUAUUUCAACUAACUUUAUCUUUUUUGUAUUAAUUGUAAAAUUGGCACAUAUGUCAGAAAUAUACAUUUGUCCUCCCAAAUUAAACAAAUUUAUUUUAUGGUAAAGGGUGUUCCCUCUGGAAAUGUUUUUUA